AUGGGGCCAAUCCUCACCGGGCUCAUCGCCCUCCCAAUCCUCUGGAUCGCUUCUCAAAUUUGGGCUCUAUACACAAACUACAGAUCGGCUCUCACCGUAGGCUUGCCAAUCAUAAUAUGCCCAUAUGACCCAGAAAACCUUAUCCACGUGGUGCUCUCCGUCCCCUUCCGCCCUCUUCUCAAACGCUUCCUUCCGCCAACCUUCUUCGCCACCGUAGAACUCACCGUCGUAGGCUGGGAGUUUCGCGACAAGUCCUCCGUUCACGACCGCGUCGGUCCGGCCUUCAUGCUCGUCACCACGGGUCUCAACCAGCUCAUAUGCGCCGACCCGACCAUGGCGCACGCCAUCUUGAACGGGCGGCGGGAGUUUGUUCAGCCGGAUAUCGUGUGCAAGGUCAUGGGCUUCUUGGGUUCUAAUAUCCUGACUUCCAACGGCGAGUCCUGGUCCCGCCAAAGACGCGUCGUAGCCCCCGUCUUGAACGAACGCAUCAGCCCAGAAGUCUACAAAGCCACAGCAAGACAAGCAGAGUCCUUCGUCAACAACAUUCUCUCAUCCCCUUCCACCAGCACUCCCAGUAUGACCACAGCAACAGCAACAACAUCAACCACAAUCCAAGGCCUCCGCACAAUCGCAAUCAACGUCCUCACCAAAAUAGCCUACGGCGACAACAAACCCUUCGCCAUCACCCCUCUCCCUGGCGACCCCUCGGCACCAAUGUCCUACGUCGACGCAAUCUCUCUCUGCACGGAACUCCUCGACCUCGCCGCCUUCAUCCCCAUCCGCAUCCUGCGGCUGCCUUUCAUGUCCAACGUGGUUCAGACGUUGGGCGCGGCGUUACAUAGAUUACCUGGUUUGACGGUGGACAUGCUUGAUCGGGAGAGGCGGCGGUUGGCUGAGGUAUCAUCUCUGAAUGGUCCUUCUGACGAGUUAUUGACCACGGCGACGGUGGGAAAGACGGAUACGAUCAUGAGCAUGCUCGUCCGCCUUUCAGACCAAGAAAAGAGCCGUGCCGUUCCCGCCGAAAAGAGCGCUACCGCCACCACUGGCAACAGCAACCCCAAAUCAUACCUCACAGAAGAAGAAAUCGCAGGCAACCUCUUCAUCUUCACCGCCGCAGGCUUCGACACGACGGCAAAUACCCUAGCAUACGCCGUCACCCUCCUCGCAGCGUACCCAGAGUGGCAAGCCUGGAUCCAGGCCGAGCUCGAUGUCGUUCUGGGCCCUCCCACGCCAUCAACAUCGUCCUCGCCGGAGCAGAAGGAUCGAGAACUGCCGGACUACAGCGUCGUCUUUCCCAAACUGACGCGAUGUCUCGCUGUCAUGUUCGAAACCCUCCGCCUCUUUCCGCCUCUAACCCAUUUAAUGCGCUCAAACAUAACAACCCAAACUCUCCCAAGCCAAAUCCCAACGUCAACAACCCUCCAAUCCUCCUCAACCUCAACAUCAACCUUACCAUCGUCCACAACUACCUCCUCAUACACAUUCCCUCCUUGCACAGUCUACAUAAACACAGUAGCCCUCCACACCUCCCCCAAAACCUGGGGCCCCGACGCCCUAUCCUUCACCCCAACCCGAUGGCUCACCUCACCCCAGCCAGCACCAUCAUCAUCCUCACCACAACCUCCUCACAUUCAACCCCCCCGUGGCACAUUCCUCCCCUGGUCCUCAGGCCCCCGCACCUGCCCGGGCCAAAAAAUGGCCCAAGUCGAAUUCGUCACCGUCCUCGCGACGCUCUUCCACAAAUGCACCGUCGAGCCAGUCCCUGAAGACGAUGAAAGCGGCAAUACCCAAGCAAAAACAACACCCGAGGUAGCAGCAGCACAGGCUAGACAGAGAUUAUUGGACUUGACGCAGGACAGCCAGCCCAGGCUGACACUGCAGAUGAAUCGUCCCAAGGAUGUACGGCUGCGGUGGACGCGGCGGUGA